UAGUCGGUUACAAGGCUUAAAUUCCAAUGUUCAGUCAAUAGCAAAUAAAAAAGCGUAAACUAUUAUUCCGUUCAACUAGAAUAUUUUUUCAAAUCACAAAUGUCGACACUGGGGAAGGACCCGGUUGCGGGUCGGUACUCCGCAGCGCGUGGGUUUCGUGACUCGAAAGCAGUUGCAAGUAUAGUUCAGCGAAUGUCCAGCGCCGUAAGAGAUUCAUAUAUGCCCGACGCGAAAGAAGAGGGAACUGAGAGCCGUGAUCGGUCGAAGCGCCGUUGUCCACGAAAGCAGCCACACCUGCCGACAAAGCGCGAAAUCGAGAUAGCCAAGUUCAAGAAUAUUGACUUCUCGCGCCGUGACUCGGAUCCGCUGUUGGCCGUUCAGACGCUCGAGUUUCCGGAUGCGAACAUCAAGCGGACGGAUAUCAAUAAGCGUGAUGCCUGCGGCAGGUCGGUGUGGAACAAGAAGACCGGCAAGGAUUUUCUCAGCUCGAGCGUUUCGGGCUUUCGUGAUGGCAUCUUCACGGUGAACAUGAAGCAGCGAAGCUGCACGUCGUCCAGUCUUCCGCCCAAGUCCGUUAAGUCGAAAACGACGCAGGAGUAUCGGGAUGAUUCAUCGAUCGAUUCGGCGGAAAUGAUUGACUCCCAUCACGUGCCGUCGAUCCGAGCCAAACACUUCAAGGGCAACCAGUGGAAGAAGCCCUGUGAGGCUAGCUAUGUGAUUGGUGCUCCACAGCCGCACAUUGGACGCUGUCCGGAUAACUUUCAGCAGCUGUCGAAAUUGGCGCCGGUCCGUCAGAAGUUCUUCCUCACGCAGGAUCCGCGCCAGACCCACUGCCUGGCCAAUCCCAGUGCACUGCGGCACAAGAAACUAACGGACGAUCAGCAAUUCAAGCUGAUUAGCAAGAUGGUCAAGCACGGGGACAACGUGUGCGCCAGCACCGGCUCCGAGUCGUCCGAUACGCAUAUAUGCGAGGUCAUCGACUUGGAGAAUCCCGUCAAUUUGGACUUCCAGGGCAUGGACUACAAGAACACGUACGAGAAGGACGAGCAGGAGGCACAGAAUCAGCAGACCUAUUGGCGCGUUGUUCGCUAUAUGACACGACGACGUACCAAAUUGAAAACAGCCACCAAAGUAGAGGCCGAACUGCAGGCUGAACGCUUGGCGAUACCUCCGGUGUUUGAUACGAAAAUCAAGGAUGCACCCAUCAUAGAAGAUCCGCCACCGAAGGAGUUUAAGCUGGCCGAGCUCUUCCGCUCGCCCGACAAGCCGGCCAACAAGGCGAAGAUCGCCGAGGAGCAGAAGCGUCGCGAGGCCCGCUACAAGGACAUCUACUUACGCAACAAGCAGCGCAAAGCCGAGCGGGAGCAGGCGCGCAAGGAAGUCGAGGCAGCCGCUCUGGAAAUUCAGGCGCGCACCGUUGCCGAAAAGGACCUGCAGGAGGAUGUGGCGAAGAUCGACGAUGACAUCGAGCGCAGUUUCAAGAAGUUUGAGUAUAUACCGCCAGUGAUACGCAAGCGCAAGUUCUUCCCCAAAACGCUGACCGAAACGGAGCGACUGAAGGCGAUCAUGCACAAGGAGAACUGCGUGCGGCGUGAUCUGGCGCGAGUGACGCAGGAGUUCUACCUGGAGCGCACCGGCAAGCUGAAGAAGUUCCCGGAGGCGACGCAGCAACUGCGCUGCGAGGAAAGCAUUGACGGCAGCGCCGGCACCACGCCCAGCGAGCAGAGCAGCGACGACGAGGACUACCUGAAGGUGGGCAAAAUCGGGGAUAAAUUCCAGCUGCGCGGCUUUCACUUCAAGCACGGCGAUGGGCUGCGCGGCAAGCUGCAUCGCCACCAGAUCAUGGAGGGUCAGCGAACGGUUAAGGGUUGCCUAACGCGCGACGAGUGGCUGAAUCAAUUGGCGCCCCGCAAGGAGCCCAUCAAGCUGGACGUGGAGCGUGGCAUUAUCAAAGUUCUCGAUCCGGAUGAUCCGAAACUGGAUCUGUUCCCGCCCCAGGGUAUGACUCUGCACAUGCAUGACAAGAAGAGCGCCAUCAGGGAGUUCAUCGACAAGCGCCUGGGUCUCCACUACCAUCGUGUGCUGCGCAAGAACCUGAAGCUGGUCAAGCCCAAGCUCAAAUAUCACGUCAAGAAAUUCAAUCUCAUUCGCUAUGUGUUCCCCGAGAAGAUCAUUGUGCCGGAUGCGCCAGAUCAGUUGGAUGCGGACAUGGUUGACGCCUCCAAGGUGGAAACUACCUUGGAGUACCUGGCGCUCAAGAACAAAAUGGCAAAGGCGAAGCAUCUCAAGACCAAGCUGGCGCGCAUGAAAUUGCUGGGACUCCCCUGUGUAGAGGCCAAACAGCUGCGCGAGCAAUCGCCCUGCGACGUCAAGGAGGAGGAGCUCGAUCUGGACUGGGUGCCGCCACCGGAGACUGUUAGAGAGUCUGUGAAUACCGCCGGGGACGAAAACGAUCCAGAAACUCGUAUGAAGGCCGGCCACGACGAUGUGCCCAUUGAUAUGCGCGGCAACAUGCCAGCGCCUCAGUUCCGAGAGAAAACGCUCCACAUACACCCGAGACGACGUCGGAACUAUGCCGCCGAGCGUGUCCCAUCGGCUCAGUUCAAUGAUGCCAUCCAAAACUCAGGUAUGCCCUUGCUCGAAAAGGUAAUGCCCGAUAAUAUCAAGUAUGCCAAUGUGCGAACCCCGAAGCGUCCGUUCACGAAGAAGUUCGAGGCGCGCCACCAUCAUGACCAUUGGGAUCCCACCCAGGCGAAGACCGUGCACGUCCACUACCAGACCAAGACGGUCUAUCCAAAGAUUACGGUGCAAGAGCAGCCCGAAAGGGUUCCGAUUGUAAAUUUUAUCAAGGCGAAUCCUCCAUGCAAGAAGUAUAUAGACACCGAUCUAACCAUAUCCAAGUAUGAUUUCGACAAGAUGAUCGCUGAUCACUUGGCGGCCACACGCGUUGAUAGCAAGGAUGGAGCCAGAGAAGUUGUGCAGGAUCUAUGUCGUCCGUAUGAUUUCGUCUUUCACUCACGUGAUCCGGAGGAGUUGGCGAACCUCGACUAUCCAGGACGUAAACAGUAUCUGGAUUUCCUGCGUGAGACCCGCGAGGCUCUGUACGAGACGAAAGAUAUUGACCCGGAGGAGGAGCGCCUAUUGGUUGAUCGCAAGGCGGUUGAGGCCGAGCUCGAGGAAGAUCUGAAGAGCAUUGAGCAAUGCCUCACCUCGCUUAGCAGCUCAGAGUGCACAAAUCUAUCCAAAGACAGCGGCAGCUUCCUAAUGUUAGAGGACGACACGAAGAUACCAUUGGACUAUAUACGAAAGCCGCUCGUGCCGUUUGAGGAAAUGCGUCGAUCUCGCUUCCAAGCGGAAGUCAUCGAUGUCGAUGCUGAAGAGGAUAAUCCCUUCCGCAUGCUUCCCUUCUCCGGCCAGCACAAGGAGCAGGCAGCCAUGCUGGGUCCCAAGGAUUCGUUCUUUACGUUUAGCUCACGUCUGCGCAAUGGCUUACGCCUGAGACUGGAGGUUCCCGUGACCAAUGUGAGCCAAAUGUUGAUCGGACCCAAAGGCCGAAAGUACUAUGGCUCGGUUAUCACCGAUCUCGAUGAGAACUAUAUAAAUGAGUUAAAAAACCGCGCUACCGUGAAAACGUUUAAUUUCAAGACGGGCGUCGAGCUGUUGAAGGUUGCCAUGCGUCUCAAGUACGAAUCGCUCUUGAUUCAGGGCAAAAUGGUGCGCACCAAGAUCUACGAUACACUGAACGAGCGCCACUGGCAGGACAUGAAGAACACCAAGCUGCUGUAUGAGGGCCUCUUCGCCAAGUGGGAGAAGAAGGAGUACAAUGCAGCCAUGACGAUGGUCUAUCAGGUGAAGACCUACUACGAAAUAACCGACUCGAUGAAGCAGACCUUCCGCGAGCUGGAGCGUGAGCUGACAAUGCUCAACAUGGACAUCGUGUUCAUUGAGGGUCACUGGAUACGCUGUGUGAUGUUGCAGAACUUCCACUAUCUGCUGGGCGAGGAGGAGUGGCGGGCCGAGCACGAUUGGAUCCAUCGGGUGCCGGUGAAGAAGCGCAACAAGUUCGGUAGUGACACCGCAGUGCUGGAUCAGGCGGACUCCAAGGCGACUCCGGCGGACUCCAAAGCGACUCCGUCGGACUCCAAGGAGAGUCAGGAGGAAGAAGAGGACGAGGAUGUAGAGUAUGAACUGGAGCCCUACGACCAAUCCAUUGCAAAGCGUGCCAUAGUCAAUAUACGCGUGCGCGAUAAAGAUGACGCCUGGGCCAUACGGGACUUUUACUAUGACGUCUAUAUGCGUAAUCUGCACCCCGUACUGCAGGUAUUUCCCAAUGCGGAGCACUUCCUGCAAGGCAUCGAAAAUCUAAAGAACAAGACGUUUAUGCUGCUACUGGAAAUGCACUACACCCUAUCCGUGCACACCGAGCUGCAGGGUAAGUUGGAAACAUUCAUAGACUGGUGCAACAAGGACCUGAAGGAGAAGCAGGAGUACGUGGCACGGAAGUCUGCCAAAAAAUUCUUCAUGGAGGAUCGUGCCAUUGAGAUGGAGGCGCGCGUCAGGUACUACCUGGAUCAACCGAUUCGAGAAUCCUUUGCCGACGAGGACUUCAACAAGUAUCGCGCCGUAAUGGCCGAGGUCUAUCGUCGCGUAGUGCCCGCAACGGUGCGCGGCUCCAGCGAUGUGAUACCCAGUGCCUCCGACAUGGUGGCCGCCAUCAGUGGCGUGGUCCUGGAGAUACUGAGCAAGUUCGAGCACAUGGACAUUGACAAGGUGCGCGAAGUGGAGACGGCGCUGCGCAAGCGACGCCGCUACCUGGAGAAGCUCUCGGCUCAGGCCUAUCAGAUUGAGCGUCGCAUCGAUACAGAAAUGAAGAACGUGCGACGCAACCUGGAGCCGCCCUACAAGAAGCCCAAGCGUGUGGGACCUCUCCAGCGCAUGUACCUGAGAAAGCGUGUCAAGAAAAUCGUGCCCCCUCCCGUGGUCAUAUCGGAGAACACAAGGAACUUCGUGCGAGCCUUUGCCGAAGAUGGCGUCGUCAGCGAUGGCUUCACCCAGGACUCUGUUAUGGUGCUAGACAAUAUGCAGGAGCAGAUAGUGCCCUUCUAUUUCGAUCACUUCCUCAAGCUGAACGGCUACACGCCCAACUACAAUUUCAAGACGAACAUUGAACUGCGCGAUGGUCUGGAGAUUGACCGUUUCCGUAUACGCGAGGUCCUGCCGGACGUCCUCCAGAAGGUUGAGAAUUGGGAGAAUAUGCACAAGAAGAUCAUGGAGGAAAAUAUUCAACGCAAUCCCAAGAUGUACGAGAAUGUUAGUUAAAUGACUGAAUCAACA